AUUUCUUCAAUUGAAUCAGCAUCUACGCUUAAUCCUAAUUUGACAAAACCAUUCCGGCAACCUUUACACAAAACUGUUAAACCAAAUUUACCAUUACAUAUCAAUGCUAUGAAAAAAAACCCUACAAUUGGUGGGCGCCAAACAAUUCGUAAAGCUCUUCGUGAAGAUAAUUCUUAUGGAAAUACUCCUGAUAAUAAUUUUUAUGACAAUACUUCUGGCGCUUCAAUUGUUAAGAAUUAUUAUAUAACUGCUGAACAU